AUGGCAUCAGUACCUUCCAUUGGAUGUCUUCUGGCCAAAAAUCAGUAUUACCGAAAGUCCAGUAUUUCUUCAGUUAGUUCCUUAACUAGCUCUGAUUCUGUUAAUUUAAUAGAUGACGACAGGCCUCUUCAAGGAUUACCCGAAAUGGCAGAAUCCACCUGGUGGUUUAAAUCUUUUUUCCAUUCUGAAUCUGGGCUUUCAAACGUGAGAAACAAAGAUUUAUCUUCUAGUGGGUGA